ACAGCUGCCACAGAGGCAAACAGACACUUCAUUUAUACACACUGUACUCAACAAGUAACCAAGUUCACAACACCACACAACAUUUCUAAUAUCGUUUCCAAAUCUUCAACUAUCUUUCUCUGGCCUGUGUUCACCGGAAACCCCAUUUUCCUGGCUUUUCCGGCGAAUCCCAUGAUACCUAUACUUUAAUCCUUGUCCCUCACCCUCUCUCUGAUAUCACUCAAACAGAGAGAAAAAACAAUGUCUGUUUACGACGCGGCAUUCGUGAACACGGAGCUGUCAAAGCCGACCUCAAUCUUUGGGCUCCGACUCUGGGUCGUCAUCGGCAUAUUCGUGGGUUCUCUCAUCGUGAUCGCCCUCUUCCUCCUCUCCCUCUGCAUCACCUCACGCCGCCACCGCCACCCCAAACACGCGAAACCCAGCACCGCUGCGAACGUCACCACGCCUCCCAUUUCCAAAGAAAUCCAGGAAAUCGUGCCCCACCCUGCUCCGCCGGCAGAGAUCCAAAUCGAGAUCGGGAAGCUAGAGCACCGGGUGGUGGUGGUGUCAGAUCGGUACUCUAGCGGAGAGAGCAAGGGGACUUCUACGGUCGAAACGGGGUCGUUCGGGAGCGGGAGCAUGGUGGGUCCGGAGGUGUCUCACCUGGGGUGGGGAAGGUGGUACACUCUCAGAGAGCUGGAGGCCGCCACCGAUGGGUUGUGUGAGGAGAAUGUGAUCGGCGAAGGUGGCUACGGGAUUGUCUACCGUGGGGUCUUGCCUGAUGGCACUAAAGUCGCCGUAAAAAACCUCUUGAAUAACAAGGGUCAAGCUGAGAGGGAAUUUAAAGUGGAGGUGGAAGUAAUUGGACGGGUACGGCACAAGAAUCUUGUCAGGUUGCUUGGAUACUGUGUUGAGGGUGCAUACAGGAUGCUUGUGUAUGAGUAUGUUGACAAUGGAAAUCUGGAUCAAUGGCUUCAUGGUGAUGUUGGGGAUGUUAGCCCUCUAACAUGGGAUAUCCGCAUGAACAUCAUACUGGGAACAGCAAAAGGAUUGGCCUAUCUUCACGAAGGUCUUGAACCAAAGGUUGUCCAUCGAGAUGUGAAAUCUAGUAACAUACUAGUCGAUCGCCAAUGGAAUCCUAAGGUAUCUGAUUUUGGGCUUGCUAAGCUCCUGUGUUCUGAGAGGAGUUACGUGACAACUCGUGUGAUGGGAACAUUUGGGUAUGUUGCGCCUGAGUAUGCUUGCACUGGAAUGCUGAAUGAGAAAAGUGAUGUGUACAGCUUUGGAAUACUUAUCAUGGAGUUAAUUUCGGGGAGGAGCCCCGUUGAUUACAGUCGACCAAAAGGAGAGGUGAAUUUGGUAGAGUGGUUGAAAACCAUGGUUGGAAACCGGAAAUCUGAAGAAGUUGUUGAUCCCAAGCUGCCCGAGAUGCCUGCUUCAAAGGCACUUAAACGUGUUCUGCUGGUUGCUCUUCGAUGUGUUGAUCCUGAUGCAACAAAGCGGCCAAAAAUGGGACAUGUGAUUCACAUGCUUGAUGCCGAUGACUUACUAUUCCGUGAUGAACGCCGGACUGGGAGAGAUUCUUCCCGCUCACAUCAUGAUUAUCAACCAGAAGAAAAGUCUGUUUCAAAAUUAGGCGAUAGAGAAUUGGGUAAAGGGACCUCUGAUACAAGUGAAGGUGAUAGUGCUAGGAUACAUCAUCAGCCAACAAGAUGGAGAUGACACCAUUCAAGGGUUGUGACUAACGCUCAAGUUUAUCCUUAGUUUUUAAGCUUAUUUUUCUCUAGAUAUCGAUUCCCCACUUUUCUGAUUGUGCCUUUAAUUCCAAGAACAAUAAUAUGCAUAUAUAUUUGAUAUUUGGUUACAUUUUUUAUCCUGCCCUUUCUCAAAUCGGGAUUCAUUUGUAUAAUUCAAAGCAUUCAUUCAUCAUUCCUAUAGGAAUUUCGAUUCAUCGAUAUGUUCUCUGUAAUAGAAAAUGAUACGGUUGGCAUUA